CGCUGGUCACGACUGGUCACGACACUUUGUGGGGAAGAGCCACGUCUACGACGACGGACGGACGAACGGACGGAUAAACGGCCAGAGACAUACCCGUUGCUUCGGAUCCAUCAGUGAUCGCCCAACCCACUGCCGUGAGGAUGCUGCGAAAGUGCCUGAUUAUUCUGCCGCUGCUGUUGCUCGGCGCCCUCGCCGACGAGAAGGAUGUCCUGGAGCUCACUGACGAGACCUUCGAGAGUGAGCUCGAGCGUCACGAGAACACACUCGUCAUGUUUUAUGCACCAUGGUGCGGGCAUUGUAAGCGCUUAAAACCGGAAUACGCGAAAGCAGCUGAGCUGCUCAUAGGUAGCGAGCCUCCGAUCACGCUCGCCAAGGUCGAUUGUACAGAGGCCGGAAAAGAAACUUGUAACAAGUUCUCCGUCAACGGUUACCCGACGCUCAAGAUCUUUGAGCGUAACGAGCUCAGGUCCGACUACAACGGUCCUAGAGAAGCAGCUGGCAUUGUUAAAUAUAUGAAGUCCCAAGUAGGGCCAGCGUCUAAGGAGUUGACUAGCGAAGCGGCUCACAAAACGUUCCUAGAAACCGACGAAGUCACCGUGAUAGGUUACUUCGAGGAUGAUUCUCCAUUAUCCACAGCAUAUCAUACUGUUUCCAAAAAACUCAGAGAGAAGGUCAGAUUUGGUCACACGUCGGUAAAAGAAGUUCUGGACGAAGUGUCUAACAAGAACACGAUUAUUCUUUAUCGACCAAAGAUACUACACAACAAGUUUGAAGACAACAGUGUAGUGUACAAAGGCAGCGACUCCGUUAGUGACGUGAACGAAUUCAUCACCAAGAAUUACUAUGGUAUCGCUGGCGUGCGCACUCGUGAUAACGCACAAGACUUCAAAAAUCCUUUGGUAAUUGCCUACUACAAUGUGGAUUACGUGAAGAAUGCCAAGGGUACAAAUUACUGGCGCAACAGAAUUAUCAAAGUCGCCAAGAACUUCCCUGAGCUUUCCUUUGCCAUUGCUUCUAAAGAUGACUUCCAGCACGAACUGAACGACUUUGGCAUUGACUUCGCGAAGGGUGAUAAACCGGUUAUUCUGGCACGAAAUGCUAAGAAUCAGAAAUUUGUUCUGAAAGACGAGUUCUCCAUGGACACGUUCGAGACGUUCCUCAAGGAUUUGCAGGCUGGUGCUUUGGAGCCGUACCUGAAGUCAGAACCGAUUCCAGAGAGCAAUACGGGUAACGUAAAAGUCGCGGUAGCUAAAAACUUCGACGAAGUAGUCACCGACAACGGCAAGGACACGCUGAUCGAGUUCUACGCGCCCUGGUGUGGUCACUGUAAGAAACUGGCGCCGGUGUUUGACGAGUUGGGCGAGAAGUUGGAGAACGAGGACAUUGAGAUCGUCAAGUUCGACGCCACGGCGAACGACGUGCCAGCACCGUACGAAGUGCACGGUUUCCCGACGCUCUUUUGGGUACCCAAAGAUGCCAAGGACAGUCCAGUUAAAUACGAGGGCGGUCGCGAGCUCGACGACUUCAUCAAGUAUAUUGCCAAGCACUCCACCGAUGAGCUCAAAGGUUACGAUCGCAAAGGCAAGGCGCUCAAGCCUAAAUCCGACGAGCUCUAAAACAUUAACUGAUAUAAACAAUCAUGAAAUUUGUUCUUGCAUUUUUUGAAUGCGUCAAUCGAUGAAGCGGUCCGAGAGUUUUCCUCACGUAACAAGCAAGACACUCGAAAAUGCGUGAAUGUGAUCAAAUGAAGAAAUAACACUGUAGAGUGCAGAUAUCAUGGGUUUUCCGCGAAACAUUUUUGCAAUAAGUGAAAAAUGAAUGGGAGGGGAAGGGAAAGUGUCUAGCGUAUAGGAUACUGAUCUACAUGUAUUAAUUGUACACUUUGUAAUGAUAACGUAUAAUGACGCGGUAAAGCGCGCAGAACUGAUUUGAAAUUUUUUCCCAUCACAGUCAUGCUUUCCGAGAUGUUUGGCGAAUUAUAAAAUUAUAUACAGGAAGCAACACUCCAUUCCACAAUUUCGCGUGUUUCGACUAUGCUAAGUUAAGAGAUAAUGCAGCGAUUUUUGUUUAUACAAAAGAGCCAGAAUAAAUUGUUUUAUAAAAAAAUGA